CUUUCACAAAGUUCCACUCACCAUAAUGUUAUAAUUUGACCUGAUUCGACUCAUCGUCUCGUUUUGAAAGAUCGCGAGGAGAAAAACUGAAAUUCAACUACAAUCCCGGCGAAAUCUGAUCAGUGAGCGUUCUUCCUCGACCCAAGCCUCGAGGUCCGGAACUCACCGAGCGAGUUUCGGCAACCGUUUUCAAGAUGUCCGGUCGUGAUCGCGAAGAUCCAGAAGAGGCGAAUAACGAAGCUUGGGGGACCGAUGAAGAGGAGCCGUCCCGCGAAGCAUCAAGUGACGCGGAUGAGGGCCUGCCAAUCAGCUGUUUUGUCUGCAAGUCUUCGUUGGCAACUUAUGGACCCCUUGGAUGCCAACAUCGAACGCUUUGCAAACGAUGCGCCAUGAAACAAGCGACCGGUGGCAAAUGCAAGAGAUGCGGUGAACUCUUCUUCCAAUUAAAACAACUCACGGUGGCCUAAAUCAUAUGUAGACCUUGACAUGUUUUCUCUUGAACCUCAAUACUGUAGCCAGAGUCACAGGUCUCAAAAGCUCUCGGAGGUGAUAUAAACACGUUCUGGCAACCUUGUUUGUCACUUCUUCUGGCUAUUCUUUCUACACACACGUACUGAAGAAGUCCCUGGAAGAAGAUCAGUGGGCAUCAACGAUUUGCUGGAGCUUUCUUCAUCCAGAAUGAGGAGCUCUCUGUUCAGAGAAAAUAGAUCAUAGAAGCUGGGACGAAAAAAAAAACAACUGAAAUCCUUUAAUUAUGUAUGGAAAUAUGAAGCUUUCAAUUUAGACAUCAAUUUGGCUUCCUUUUUUUUUUCUUAGAAAACCAGAUCAUCUCAUAUGUCCUAGUUCAAAUUACGCCAUCUCAUCAUGUUCUGCAUCACCAUCCCCUUGAUAUCUCUCCCUGAUGACAUUUGGGUCAAACUAAAUAUAACUCAAAGAAAAUUGUAUAAAAGACUGCUUUUGGCAUUUGAGGUUGUAUUACCAAGAACCUUUUUU